AUGGUCAAGUGAGUCCUCUGGCCAUUUUUGACCCCCGGAAGGCGUUUUGGCUGCUGUGGAUGGAUUUCGGGCAUAACUGACGUGUACGAUUUCGCAGGCCUGUCUCUUACGCGCUCACCGUCAAGACUGACUUUGCCGAGUCGAGCUUCAGUGGAACAGUCGAGAUUGAGUGAGUGGAGUGUACAACCUCGCGAAGAAGGUUAGAUCGAGGGCUGAUGCUGUCACACCUGCUUGUCAGACUCGAGCUCUCGCAGUUGACGAGAUGUGUGGUGCUCCACGCGACCAGACCGCUUCAGGUCCACGCAGCCGUACUAGUCCAAGAGGGGAAGCGAUUCGCACCAUGCUCACUUGAAACGAAUGAAGAGGAGGAGACGCUCAGCAUCGACUUUGAAGACGAGCUCAAGCCGGGCAAAGCCACCUUGGGGCUGCAUUGGACGGGUCGACUCAGCGCCGAGGCGAGGUUCGGUCAGUCGAGGUAGGCUGCUGUAACUAACGUUUCAAUGUGCCUGACAGUUUCUAGAUAUACUUCCAGGCUACUAUAAAAUCCCGUGUGAGGACGACGAACCCGAGGGAGAGCACUACGCGGUCACCCACUUCCAACCUACCAUGGCCCGCCGAGCUUUCGUUAGUCGCUCAUAGAGACAGAAUGCGUCGUCGUUGGCCUAUACUGACGGAGGAUUCAUCCUCGACUACAGCCUUGCUUUGAUCAUCCCGCGCAAAAGGCUACGUUCUCCUUGACGCUCCUAUCUCCCGCUGGCUAUACCUCGCUCGCAAAUUCGCCCGAGUUGGAGCGCUCGUCCAGCUGCGGAGAGCUCCCCACUACCACAGUACUUACAAGGGACUUCCUCGGAUUGGAGGAGAGUGCUGAAGGUGCUGCUUGGGAGGUCGUGAGAUUCAAGACGACCCCGAUCAUGAGCACUUAUUUAGUCGCCUGGGCCAUCGGUCACUUCAGGUGAGAACAUCGAUUUCUAUGCCAUGCUUAGUGACCCUCGCACUGAGAGUGAAGAUUAUUGGAUCAUAGUCACUCAGAGACGUCAUACAUCUCUCCCAUCACGAACAUCGAGGUCCCCUUGCGACUCUACGCGGCCACAGCCCGGAAAUACGUGCAACGAGGACUCGGCGGUCAAGCACUAGACACGCUUGCCAGGGCCAUGCCGAUCUAUGAAAAGCUGUUCGACAUCGCCUACGAAUAUGGCAAGGUCGACCUACUCGUUUGCGACGCCUUGGAAGCAGGCGCGAUGGAGAACCCAGGCCUGAUCACGGGACAACCUCUUUCGUUGCUCCAUGAUCCAGCUACGGGCGGUCGCUCCUCGAAGAAAAUUGUCACGACAACCGUCGCGCACGAAGCAAGUCAUCUUUGGUUCGGCGAUAUGGUCAGCAUGAGCUUCUGGGACGAGCUUUGGCUCAAUGAAGGGACCGCGACGUGGUUGGGAGAAGUGGUCGUCGUGCAUGAGCUCCAACCGGAUUGGAAUGUUGAAGUCGAGUUCGUGAGGACGCAUCGAGCUAGGGCACUUAAACUCGACUGCUUGCUGUCGUCCCAUCCCGUCCAUCUGCCAGUACUCAAGAAUCUGCCAAACGCGGUUGCUGAGGCGUUUGACGACAUCUCGUACGCAAAGGGAUCCACGCUCCUGAGGAUGUUGAGCCAUACGAUCGGACAAACCGCUUUCAUCCGGGGCAUCGCUACGUACCUCAAGAAGCACGCCUACGGCAAUACAACGAGCACUGAUCUGUGGCAAUCCAUGUCGGAAGCAAGUGGCGUCGAUGUGCCACGGAUGAUGGAGACUUGGACGAGCCAAGUCGGGUUUCCCGUCGUCACAGUUGAGGAAGACGGUCAGGUGCUCAAAUUGGCACAGAAUCGCUUUCUUGCGUCGGGUCCAGCAUCGGAGGAGAUUGACCAAACGGUCUGGACUCUUCCGCUGGGAGUAAAAGCCUUCGAAGCUUCAAAUGAGCUCGAGAGCAGAUUGAUGACGACGCGCGAACUGGAGAUCCCCAAACCGGCUGGCCUAUUCAUCGUGAACCGGGAAGCUGCCGGGUUUUGUAGGUUGUUCGCUCAUCGGUCCACCACGCGGCGACUGACCGCCCACUGCUUUGCACUGUAGAUCGCGUCUCCUACCCUCCACUCCACCUCUCCCUUCUCGCGUCCGAAGCCAUCUCCCCCACAUGCCGUCUCUCCCUCCCAGAACGCCUCGCCCUUCUCCAAGACGUCAUCGCUCUCUCCUCUUCAGGCCACACGCGCACCUCUUCGACGCUCUCCUUCAUCCGUACCCUGGCGUCGACGACCGAGACGCCCGAAUAUCUCCUAUGGCACGAAAUCGCCGAAGCUUUGGGUCACAUGCUUGAUACGUGGUGGGAAGAAGCACCCGAGGUACAAGAGGGGAUCAAGGCUUUUGCACGAAGUCUCCUCGAACCUCUUUUGGAUCGCGUUGGUUGGUCGUACGAUGUGGGGGAUUCGACGGAGAGGAAGAGCUUGAAGAGCUUGGCUGUCGGGGCGGCGUGUGUCGCUGAAGUCCCUGCGUGAGUGCCUUUUCGAUUGGCGAUGUCAUAGCUCGAGAAGGUUGACGACGUCGAUUCAAUUUCAUCGGGCAGAGCGAUCGAAUGGGCCCGCACCUCUUUCCAAGCCCUGCUAGCCUCCCAAGCCGCCCCUGACUCGCUCAUUAUCGACCUUGCCCCUAUCGUCCUUUCCACAACGAUCAAACACGGCUCAAGCAUGGAGUUCGACAUCGUGCAACAGAUCUACCACCAACCUCCGACACCUGCUCAUAAAAUGGGUGCGAUCAUCGGUCUGACGUCUUCGUCCGAUCCGGAAAAGUUGGUAGGGUUGGCGCAAAAGUUGUCGACAGGAGAGAUACCGAUGCACGAUGUGCCACUGUUCCUGGAUGUGAGUUCGGCAUUCACCAACCCAACCCUUUGGCGCGCGACUGAGCUCGCUUCUUCUUUCAUUCUGAUCCAGGGGUUCGCACGCAACCCCCAUUCUCGCCGCCUCGUCUGGUCCGUCGUCUCCAAUGCCUGGCCCCUCCUUCGCGCCGAAUUCGACUCCACCUCCUCCCUCUACAAAGUCCUCGAAGUUUCAAUCCAAGGAUUCUCCUCCGAACGAGACGCAAACAUAAUCGAAGACUUUUUCAACGAUGAGAAGCUCGAUGGGUUCGCCUAUGCGCUUGGUCAAGGGUUGGAGAAGAUUCGGUCCAAGGCGGGGUGGUUGGGGAGGGAUGGAGAGGAUGUCGAGCGAUGGUUGAGGGGGGAGGGGUUCAUUGCGUAA